GUCAGCGGGACCCAGGGCGCGUAUAAAUACCGCGAGGCGACCCGGAGAGAGCUAGUCCUUUUGGAGAGCGCAAAGACAGCGAGGAACUCCUCAUUUCACUUCAACUGAUAUUUAUUUAUUUAUCUAUUUAUUUAUUCUGAGCCUUGCUUUGGGAUGAACAGACUGCUUCUGAACUUCUUCUGGGUGGCAGCAUUCAGCGCACUCCUGUCCGCGCCCGGGCUCCGGGCUUCUCCAGUGGUUGGACAGGAACCGAUCCGCUGCGCCCCGUGCUCCCCGGAGCGGCUGGCCGAGUGUCCCGCGGUGGAUGCCGGCUGUGAGGAGGUGCAAAAAGAGCCGGGCUGCGGCUGCUGCCUCGCUUGCGCGUUGAAGAGAGGUGACUCGUGCGGGAUCUACACUGCGCCCUGCGGCUCGGGGCUCCGCUGCUUGCCCAAACCCGGAGAAGCCCGACCCCUGCACGCGCUCACCCGAGGACAGGCGGCGUGCACGGAGAACCCCGAACCUGAUCAGAACCAAAGCGACAACACACCAGAUCACUCCGAGUCUCAUAACGGGCAAACAGCAGUGAAUGAGGGCAGCUCAGGGGUCUUCGUGACCGGGCACGGCAAGCCCUUCGACCCGCGGGUCAUCACUGCUAAGGAGAGCAUGAAGGCCAAAGUCAACGCGAUACGCAGGAAACUCGUGGAGCAGGGUCCUUGUCAUAUUGAACUGCAGACAGCCCUUGACAAGAUCACUAAAUCACAGCAGAAACUGGGAGACAAAAUGAACAGAUUCUACCUUCCCAAUUGUGACAAGCACGGUUUCUAUAAAGUCAAACAGUGUGAAUCGUCUCUGGAUGGUCAGAGGGGGAAGUGUUGGUGUGUGUCAUCCUGGAACGGAAAGAAGAUUCCUGGAUCAAGUGACCUGCCAGCAGAUGCCGAGUGUCCCGAGGAACUCAACCACUGAUCUGUGUCUCACACACAUACAUAUUAAACCACUGAUUUUUAUCAUUAUAUAUAUAUAUAUAUUUCAAAUAUCUUAGUAUUUAUUUAUUGUUAGUGGUGGUAUUUAAUUCAGGUACACUGUUUUUGAUUUGUAAACUCCCUAAACUCACCGAAAAAAAGAAAGAAAAAGUAAAUCUAUUUUUAUGUAAAGAAAAUUAAUAUGCAUGUUACAUGAAGUACCCAUACUUAUUUAUUUAAACUGAAUGUAUUCAUUUCGAUAUCUGGAUAAGAAUAUUUAUUCUUUAUGCCUUAUACAUAUUUUUGUAUGGUGUAAAUCUGUAUAUUUUGCUGUAUAUAGAUUUCCUUCAGGCUUGCUUUGUUGGAAAGGAAUGAUAUGGAAAAAAGCACUGCAUGACCAAACCUCUUUGUCACUGUCCGUACAUUGCCAUAUUUUUUUAUACUGUACAUGUUUUUAGUAUUAUAUUUUACUAAUUAAUACAAUUUUUAGUAAUUCUGUUUUU